UAGUAGAAUGUCGGCCGAAGUGUCCGAACGAUUCAAAGUUUGGACAGGAAACAAUGAGACCAUCAUCUAUUCCCCAUUCGAGUACGAUUCCACGUUGCUCAUCGAGUCAUGGUGGGACGAUUUGACAAUGCACACGUUUUUCAAAAAUCACUGGUUUAAGUCGGUGUACUUAUCAGCUGCUUAUAUUAUUGCGACAAAUUUAUUACAGAGAUAUAUGGAGUCACGGAAACCUAAAAGCAUGCGACCUCUUUUACUAGCAUGGAACGGUUUUUUGGCAGUGUUCAGUAUUAUGGGUACAUGGAGAUUUGGAAUCGAAUUCUACGAUGCUGUUUUCAGAAGAGGCUUCAUCGAUUCGAUCUGCCUGGCUGUAAAUCCACGUUCACCGUCCGCAUUCUGGGCAUGCAUGUUCGCUCUAUCGAAAAUCGCCGAGUUUGGGGACACGAUGUUCUUGGUGCUGAGGAAACGGCCGGUUAUAUUCCUUCACUGGUAUCAUCACGCUGUUGUUCUGAUCCUUUCUUGGCAUGCUGCAAUCGAACUCACAGCUCCAGGACGCUGGUUUAUUUUUAUGAACUAUUUGGUGCAUUCAAUAAUGUAUACAUACUACGCAAUAACAUCAAUCGGCUAUCGUCUUCCCAAAAUCGUUUCAAUGACUGUUACAUUCCUUCAAACUCUUCAAAUGCUCAUUGGUGUCAGCAUUUCUUGCAUUGUGCUUUAUUUGAAGCUUAAUGGAGAGAUGUGCCAACAAUCCUACGACAAUCUGGCGUUGAGCUUCGGAAUCUACGCCUCAUUCCUGGUGCUAUUCUCCAGUUUCUUCAACAAUGCAUAUUUGGUAAAAAAGGACAAGAAACCCGAUGUGAAGAAGGAUUAAUUUAUUAUUCAUUUUUUUCAAAAAGCUACACUUCAAAAUACGAGUCAUCAGUUUUGUUUUUUUUUAAUUAUACAUUCAGUUACUACUUUUAGUCUUGCACUUUUACAGCUUAUAUCUCGGUUCUCAAAAAAAGUUUCAACUAGAGAAGUAUAUAGAAAAAGAGAUGACAAAUAUUUUGUCAGGUCAGUUGUUAUUUUUUUGAAAAAAAAAUACAAAAAAUAACCCAGAUAUAAGCUUUCAAAGUUAACCAUGAAAAAUAUUGUAUUUUUCACGUUUAUAUGCUAUGUAAUAAA